UUGUUCCUUUGCAGUGCUUCUAGUCAGACAUGGCAUGCUGCAUCGUCUGGCACACACUAUGUGAACACUCUAACGUUGUCGAAAAAUGCUAUAACAUCUACACGUGGAAGUGUCUCGCGUAAACUCGUACCGAACGGUAAAAACUCGAUGGAUGUAGAGAAGCAGGUGAAAAUGUUUCUGAAGUGGAGGAAUCUUAUCCUUCUUUUAGUGGGAAAUGAAAUAGAGCGCCUAUGCGCUUGGCUUCAUCCUUUAGCAGAAACAACAGAAGAAGGCCUUGCUCCAGUGGAACAAUGGAUGAAAAGCACAUUGCCUGAAAUUCGAGUUGAAACACGAGUGCUGAAAGAGAACUCGAAGUUGGCAUGGGAGAUAUCACCGGAACUGGCUGUGAACCUUCCGACAAGAUUCCGUACGUGCCCAACUCUUCGUGAUACCCUACAGGAAAUGGUUCGACUACAACCAGAAGCGGUUUCCCAUCUCCCGGACGCGUUGCCACUCUUUCUUGGGGACACGACGGUGUUCGAGCAUACCGAUAUCGCCCACGUCCUGACAUGGGCUACCUGCUCUCCUGUGAUGGCGUUGUCUCUUCUCACUCCUCGUCAAUAUCCACUUCAUCCAGUCACGGUACAGUACGCUGUUCGUGUGCUGCGCUCCUACCCUGCCGACGCGUUGCUGAUGUACAUUCCACAGCUGGUACAGGCUGUCAGACAUGACACCAUGGGUUAUGUAGCCGAGCUGAUCGUAUGGCUAGCUAGUCAUUCGCAGCUUUUGGCUCAUCAGCUGAUCUGGAAUAUGGAGACGAAUAUGUAUACUGAUGAGGAUCAGCAAAAACAAGCAUCCUGUGCUAUUCGAUGCUCUAAACGACAUCAUAAAGAAGUGACGUCAUUUGCCAUCGAUUUGCUUGAAAAAAUUGUCGUCAUUCAGAGCACAAGCCAGCUCGAAGGUGCAGCACGUCGCUUCCAUGAGGCUGAGUUCGCACUGUUCCACAAACUGACAGCAAUCUCUGGCACGAUAAAGCCAUAUCCGAAGGGUGAUGCAAGGAAAAAGGCUUGUCUCAAAGCAGUGGUUGCAACAUCACCGGGAUGUGGUGUGAUCGAAUGCGUACCGAACUCGAAAAGUCGAGACCAGCUCGGACGUCAGACUGACUUCGGAUUGUACGAAUAUUUCAAGACAACAUAUGGUGACGAAAGCAGCGAAUCAUUCCAGGAAGCACGCCGAAAUUUCGUCCGAAGUAUGGCGGGCUACUCAGUGUUCAGCUUUUUACUGCAAAUCAAAGAUCGACAUAACGGCAACAUCAUGAUCGACUUAGAUGGCCAUAUCAUUCACAUUGAUUUUGGUUUCAUGUUCGAGAGUAGCCCAGGUGGUAACCUUGGUUUCGAACCAGAUUUCAAGUUAAGCGAAGAAAUGGUGGCAAUCAUGGGCGGCAAGAUGGAAGCAGCACCAUUUCGACAGUUUGCUACGCUUUGCGUACAAGCGUAUCUUGCUGUUCGGCCUUAUCAAAAGGCUUUUGUGUCGUUGGUGUCUUUAAUGCUUGACACUGGCCUUCCAUGUUUCCGUGGUAAGACCAUUCAACAGUUGCGAGCUCGUUUUGCACCCGAGAUGAACGAAAGAGACGCGGCAAGGUUAGUGAGAACUGUGCAUCUCCUGGUUUUUUCCUCGAAUUCCGAUAUAAUAACUUGCAGCCGAUGGUUCACUUGUUAUGAUAUAGAGUUUCCUACAGACAACCACACAAAUAAGCACUAA